AUGUUCAACGCUGCAUCUCCCGUGCGUCGUGGACGACUCGCGCAUGAAGAAGCGCAAGCGUGGCAGUCCCUCCGCCUCGACCGUACCGUCAACGAAGGCCGAGGGCCCCAAGCGACCGAGCCCCGCAAGCCGUUCGUCGAGCUCAGCAAACGGCAAGUCGCGCCCCGUCAACGUCGUCAGCAACACGGUCGACGUAGCGCCGAGCUGCUGUCGGGCGCAGGCAAGAAGCUGUAUGAUGGGAUCUACAGGCGGAUCAUCGUGUCGAGCGACAUUCGCAUCGAUGAGAUCGUCGACAAGGCGGCACGCGAUCUGGACCACCUUUUCGACCUGCUGAAGCGGCACCCCGACGACAUCUCGAUGCAGUUUCUGCUGUGCGUAGCGGUGUUCAUCGGUGCACAGAGCCUGCCCCAGGACGCCGAGAUGCGGCGAAUUCGCGACCAGCUCGGAGACGUUGUCACAACACUGCUGCUGCUCGUGCUUUCGCAACGCCCCGAGUCGUUCUACGCUAUCCAAGCACUCGAGAUCUUCAGCCUAUACGCACCGUUCGCGCCCGCGCUGCCCUACUGUCUCACGGACCCGCGCACGCUCGCUCAGGGCAAGGGAAUCGUCGAGGCGAGCAGGCAGAUCUCCGACGCCCUCAACUUCAGCAGCCUUGUUCUGCAAUGUCGGUUCGAACCGUGGGGUAACCCAGACUUUUGGUUAUGGGCUGGCGUCCGCGUCGCCGAGGCGCAGAGCGUGCUCGAGGCUGCACGACCGCGAAAGCCUGCCGACCUGGCGGCAGCCCGGAAAGGCGUCGACCCUGUGUGGAAAAACGACAGCCUCUGGGCGGCUGCUGCCGUGGGCGAUAACGCCGUCGAGAAUCUAGGCAAGCUCUCAGUUUGCGACAGGCUCUACCGCGCCGACGACCUGCACAACAGUCUGCAGCGCCUCUACUCCAUUCUUGAUGUGGUCGUGACCGACCCGUCGCAUUCCCCCGUCCCGAUGAUCCUGCACGAGGUCGAGUCGUUCCACGCCACGAUGGUGCAACAGGAUGCGAGGCAUGAUCAGAUUCUGGCCAUUCUCAAGCUGCCGUCUACGAUAACGUCAAGCUGGCUCGCAUACCGCGCCCUCCGCCGGCGUUGGGUCAUCAUGAAGCAGGUCAUCACGGCCUUCCACAUCCUCAUGUCGCUGCACUUCCUGCCGGGAUUCGCCUGUGCUAUACCCAACCUACCCUCUGGUCUCCCCGCUUCCGCCAAGGCGCACUAUGCGCUCGACCGCGCACUCAAUGCUAACGACAUUUUGACGGCGUGGAUGACGAAGUCGGCUGUCGUUGAGGCACUUCGUGCAGUCCUCCCUCGCCGGGCCGAGGCGGCGGAACAACUCCUCAGCCACUUCGUGCACAUGCCCCGCGGCACGAUGCAGCCCGUGCACGACGUGCUCGCCAUGGUGGUGGAGGCGUGCAAGGCGCUCGUCGAGAUCCAAGUCGGCAUCUGGACGUACCAGCGCCCAGUCACUGCGGGCCCACCCCCCUGGCUGCCGCUGAUAGGAGAGGCGGGGCAGAUCAUGCGCUCGCAGGCCCAGUAUACCACACCGGACCCCGAGAGCGGCGGGGAGACGAUCGCGAACGGAUGCGCCAACAUUCUCGACUCGCUUGCCCAGAGCCUGAGGGACUGCAUCGCCGCCAUGGAGAAGAAGCACUGGGACGUGCUCGACCAGGUCCUCGGCAUCGUCCAGGCUCAGCCGCUCGAUAUCCCGAUUCCGCCCCAGCCACAAACGACCCCGCCUCAGAUGCCCCCGCAAAACCUCCCGACACCGCCGCACAUCCCCCCACAGGCGUCGCCGCAACAGGGGCCGGCUUAG